AUGGUUAAACAUUUCAGUCUCGUUUUUGUAUUAACCCUGGCCAUUACUUCUCUUAACUAUGGAACACAGAGUGCAAAUAUUCUUGGACUUUUUCCGAGCCUAAGUCCCUCGCACCUGAUAAUCUCAAUGUCAGCUGCCAAGGUUUUGGCCGAGCAGGGACACAAUGUGACAGUGGUCACUGUUCUGGAGCCAACGAUAACCCAUAGGAAUAUAAAUCUGAUCCAGAUACCUCUUACCAAGGAGGAAAUUAAAGAAAGAAGCGAGAGCAUUGGAGCAAAACAAAAGAAUACCAGUGGUCAUCGGCUUCUUUCUAUUCUUAACAUGGCUGAUCAAAUGGACUCUAUGUUGAGAAAGAUGAAAGAUGUCCUGAAGGACAAACGAGUUAAGGAUCUUUACUUGAAUAAAGGCAACCACUUCGAUCUGGUAAUCUCGGGAUACUUUAUGAAUGAUUACCAGUUAGGAUUCGCUAGAAAGGUGAAUGCUCCUGUAAUCGUUCUGGCACCCGGUCCACCCAAUCAGAUGCUAAACUCCCUAAUAGGUAAUCCCCAUGAUCCAGUGGAAAAGGAUAAGAACAUGACCUUUGGACAGCGUUUGGAUAGCUACAUUACCAGCCUCAUCUAUGGAAUUUUUGUGCGCCAAAUCGACAGGCUAAAUCGCGAAUUUUACAAGGAACUCUUCACCGACGAUCCCAGCAUGCCGGAGUACUCGGAAAUCCUUAAGAAUACUUCUUUGGUGUUCUUCUGUUCCCAUGGAGCAAGCGAGGGAUCCAUAAGACCCAAUGUCCCAGCUGCCAUCGAGAUUGGAGGAAUACAGAUCAAGGACAAACCAGAUCGCCUGCCUAAAAACCUGGAGGAGUUCCUGAGCAAUGCCACCGAUGGAGCCAUUCUCCUGAGUCUGGGCUCCAAUGUCCAGGGUACUCACAUAAAACACGAUACAGUGCAAAAGAUGUUCAACGUCCUUUCAAAACUAAAGCAGAAGGUCAUUUGGAAAUGGGAGGAUCUGGAGAAUACACCUGGAAAGUCGGACAAUAUUCUCUAUUCCCGUUGGCUGCCUCAAGACGACAUCUUGGCCCACCCGAAUAUAAAGCUAUUUAUAAAUCACGCCGGAAAAGGAGGAAUUACCGAAGCUCAGUAUCAUGGAAAACCUAUGCUGUCUUUACCAGUGUUUGGAGAUCAACCCAGUAACGCGUUUGCCAUGGUGAGAAAUGGUUUUGGCCUCACACUUAGCCUGCUCACUCUGGAGGAGGCUCCUUUCGACCAGGCCAUUCGGGAGAUCCUAUCGAAUCCGCAGUAUAGCCAGAAGGUGGCCAAGUUCUCCUCCCUCUAUCGUGAUCGUCCCACAAGUGCCCGGGAGUCGGUCAUCUUCUGGACGGAUUACAUUAUCCGACAUAAUGGAGCUCCUCACCUACAAAGUCCCUUGGUUCACAUGGACUUCAUUGCCGCCAAUAACUUGGAUAUAUACGCUUUGUUCACUGCUAUAUUAGUUAGUAUUGUAUUGAUUCUUAAGGCGGUGAUUCAAUAUAUUUACGCAAAGCUAAUCUCAAAGUUUAACAAGGCAACAAAGGUCAAGAAACACUGAAAGUUCGGCAGACUUGCAGUUGUAGAAUUAGCUCUAACAGGUUUGCCUAAUGGAAAGUAUUACAGAGCUAAGCGUUUUCAUAAGAUUCCUAAUUAUUCAUAGAGUAUAUAAA